AUGGCUCCUCUGAACCCUUUGACCACCACGACUGUUGAUGACUUGUACCCCACCGAAUCCCAAGCAUAUCUUACGCAUCCCACUGUCCAACACAAGCUUUACAAAGAACGCUUCGUUGGCCUUGCUGUACUCGUCCUACUCAACAUCAUCGUUAGCUGGGAUUGGCUGACCUUCUCGGCCGUAUCAAGCACUGCUUCCCAAUUCUUUCAACUAUCUGAGAGUGCUAUCAAUUGGCUCAGUACAGGCUUCCUAUUCGCUUUCGUCAUUGCUUCCCCAUUCACUAUCUGGGCUUUGCACAGAGGUCCCAGAACUUCCAUCCUUAGUUCCGCUGUUUUGAUAUUCGUCGGCAACUGGAUUCGAUAUGCUGGAACUCGUUCUGGCGCCCACGGCAGCUUUCCAGUCGUCGUUCUGGGCCAGAUCAUUAUAGGAUUUGCUCAGCCCUUCGUUCUGGCUGCACCAACUCGCUUCAGUGAUCUUUGGUUCCCCGAAAAAGGCCUCUUUGGUCGUGUCUCCGCUACAGCUGUAGCCUCACUGGCCAAUCCUCUUGGUGGUGCACUUGGUCAACUCAUCGGCCCCUUCUGGGCUUCUGAGCCGAAAGACAUCCCGCACAUGGUCCUCUUCACAGCAAUCGUCUCCUGCGUAGCAUGCUUACCUACCAUCUUUGUCCGUUCCAAGCCGCCAACACCUGCUUCGAAUUCUGCAAACGUCGAGAUGCUCAAUAUCACUGCAUCACUCAAGUCGCUCAAACAGAACAAAGCUUUUGCUCUCAUCUUCGUCGCCUUUGGAGUCUAUGUUGGCUUCUUCAAUGCCGUAUCGAGUCUGAUCAACCAAAUAUUCGAGCCUUAUGGUUUCACAGAGACGGACGCUGGCAUCGCAGGCGCUAUCCUGAUUUUCGUUGGUCUCGGGGUUUCAGCUGUUACCUCGCUUUACGUCGAUCACACAAAACGAUACCUUCCGACGAUAAAAUGGUUGGUCCCUUUGAUCGCAAUCGGCUACAUUCUACUCGUCUUCAUGCCCGAAACGCGUACAGUCGCUGGACCUUAUAUCACUUGUGCAAUACUAGGAGCAGCUUCAUUCUCCUUGCUGCCCUGUGCGCUCGAGUAUCUUGUUGAGAUCACGUACCCCGCUAGUCCCGAGGUUAGCAGCACGAUCUGCUGGACAGGAGGACAGUUACUCGGAGCCGUUUUCAUUCUUCUCAUGGACGCACUGAAAGGUGGUCUCUCUGGUCAGCCCAAAGAUUCGAUGAAAAGUGCACUCAUAUUCCAGGCUGUAAUCAGCUGCUUGGCUGUCCCUUGCGUAUUCGCUCUGAGUCAUUGUAGCAAGGGCAACAUCGGGCUCGGUCGACGUGGUGUCGAGAAUGCUGUGACUAUCACGUAG